GCUUAUUUUCCACGUCCGAUCAGUCGUCUGUUGCUGCUCGAGCCGCUAAGAUCGUGUUUUGUGGAAAUAACCUAAAAAUUAUAAAUCUUAAAUUCCAUUGCGCUUCUAUUUUGUAGAGCAGUGCUACUUAACUGACACAAUCAUUUAUUUUUAGCAGGCAUUUGCGACGAGACGCAGACUCCGCUUACGCAACGAUGAAGUUGCCACUGCUGCUUUUGGCAGGCUUGCUCUGCACGAUGCAAGUUUAUGCCGAUGAAUUGGACGAACUCAAUUUGGAUGAAUUGAUUGAUGAGGAUUUCGAUGAGAGCGCCGAGGAAUUGCUGCGCCAAUUCGAGCAAAAGGCUUCGAACAAGGAUUGGGAGCGUGAAGAUGAGCUCGCUGCUAAAUUGGCGGCUGACGCCUUGGAUCAACAGAAUAACAUAUUGAAUCCGGUCGUUGAGAUUGAUCCAUGUGAGAAGAUGCAUUGCGGUGCCGGUCGUGUCUGUCAAGUGCAUGGCACUGAAGCCAAAUGUAUAUGUAUACCCGAGUGUCCGGAGGAGCCGGAAGCACGUCGUCACGUGUGCACCAACCGCAAUGAAACCUGGCUUUCGGAUUGCGCUGUCUACCGCCAGCGUUGUCUUUGUGCCACCAAUGCGCCCGGCUGUCUGAACCCCGAAAAUAGUCACGUUCACAUCGACUACUAUGGUCCCUGCCAUGAACAGAAGAGUUGCGCCGACGAGGACAUGAAAGACUUUCCACGUCGCAUGCGCGAUUGGCUCUUCAACGUGAUGCGUGAUUUGGCCGAACGUGAUGAACUCACCGAACAUUACAUGCAAAUGGAAUUGGAAGCUGAGACGAAUAUGACGCGUCGUUGGGCCAACGCUGCAGUUUGGAAAUGGUGUGAUUUGGACGGUGACACUGACCGUUCGGUGUCGCGUCACGAGCUCUUCCCCAUCCGUGCACCAUUGGUCAGUCUCGAGCAAUGUAUUGCACCAUUCUUAGAGUCGUGUGACUCCAAUAAUGAUCAUCGCAUCACAUUAAUUGAAUGGGGCGCUUGCUUGGAAUUAGAGGAGACCGACUUGAAUGAGCGUUGUGACGACAUUCAACGCACCAUCCCUCAAUUACUUGGCUAAAUUUCGUUGGAUUCGUAAAAUUCUAAACUUUUUUUCUAUGCCAAAUUACUAUGAAGUGCAUAUUAAGUACGUGCCUAUAUUUAGUGUAUAAAAUCUUUCAGUCUAUGCUUAAAAAUCUGCAUUAUGAGAUUUUAGCUUAAAAAACAAUAAUAAAUAUUUUUUAAAUGUU